UUGAAGAUUUAAAAAUUUUUUUUACCGAAAAGAAUUUCAUUAUUACCGCAGGCAAAUGGAUGAAGAAAACGAAAAUCCUUUACAGCUAUUGCUAAAAAUGCGUGAUGGUUGUGCGGAUAUAAACGAAGGUUUUGGUGAAGAUCAAUUUGAAAUUGACGAAAUUGAAAUCGAUCCUCAACAAUAUUAUCAUGAAAUGUAUUAUACCAACGAUAAUAAACGCUCAAAGCGGCCACAAUCUAUGCGUUCAACACGAUCCAAAGUUCGUAAACGUUCAAUGCAAGAAGAAAUUGGCACCAUCGAUAUGUUGACAUUCGAAGAACAGAAAGAAAUUGAAGAACCGAUUGAGAUAGAUAUGCGUAAUAUUUAUAAAACCUAUGGAAUUAAUCCAGUCGAUACUAGACAGAAAUUAUUUCGUAAAACUUCAAACGAUAUCAUCAAUUUUUCAAUUGGUGAAGCUUUUAUGAAAUUUGCACAUGGAAAAAAUGACGAAGCUAUUGGCUUGCUAUUCGAAGUUAUCCGUAUUAAUCCAUUGAAUCCAGAACCAUAUGAUGCACUUGGUGAUAUAUAUCGCAGAUUAGGCAAUUAUGAUAAGGCUCUGGAAUUUUAUCUUCUAGGCAUUGAAUUCAACCAAAACGAUAGUGAACGUUGGGCAGAAAUUGCCGAGCUAGCUUAUUUCAAUAGUAUGUACAAAUCAGCGUUGAAAUUCUACACAAAAGCCCUACGAUUAAGUCCACGCAAUUUGACUUAUUAUAUAAAAAAAUCAAACAUAUUCGAAGAAUUGAAACAAUAUGAAAAUGCAUACAAAACAUAUGAAAAAAUGAUGUCCAUUUUGGAGCCUGAAGAUUACAAGAUUAUCAUUUCGAUUGCAUUUCGCAUUGCUAAUUUGUUGCUAUUUCAAUUGAAUUCUCCAUCAGAAGCGUUAGCCAUCAUCGAGAAUAUUAUUGUUCAACAUUCGAUCGAACAAGAUUCUGAUAAAUUUGUUUCAUUUCGUCUAUAUGUUGCGACAUAUUUCGAUUUAUUACUAACAAAUGGUAAGAUCGAUGAAUUGAUCUCGAAAUUCAUUCAAUAUAAUUUAAUCAAAACGGAAAAACUUGAUGGUAUUGAUGUUGAAAAUGUCAAUCAAUGUCGAGACAUUAUUUUCGAUAAUUUAGAUAAAAAUCUUUUCAAUACUGAUGACAUUGUAUUACAAUCAAAAUUAAUCUGUGCUUGUUUAUAUUUUAAAAAACAUUGCCAUACUGAUUCGAUAAAAAAGUUUCAUAAUGAAUUUUCUAAAAUUGAACAUGAAACUGCACUGGAAAUGGUUUAUAGGCCGAUAAUUGUUGCUUUAAUAAAUGCAGAUGAAUAUGAACAAGCUCAUGUUUAUACGACCAAAUUGGUGAAAAAUCUUAAAUCAUCCAAAUAUUGGUAUUGGCAUGGUUUAUGUUUGCGGAAACUUGGCCAAGAUGAAAAUGCCAUCGAAGCUUAUGGUAAUGCCAUACGUUUUGAUCAACAUAAUUACGAGGCUGUAAAUGAAUUAAGUGAUCUUUGCAAUCAGAUUGGUAUACCAGAACGUGCACUUGAUAAAGUCAAUCUUGAUCAUUUAAAAGUAGAUAUUACUCUAUUGAUGAAUCGAUGCAAUCUUUUGUUCGUUUGUAAAAGAUGGACAGAAUUUAUUUCACAUUGCCGAUUACUAUUAAGUUCCAAUCUAUAUUUUAUUGAAAAUUGGCGAGAUAUGGCUGAAUUGGUUGCACGAUCAACUACAUCACUCAGUCUUAUGAAAUCGGCACGAUCAUUGCGUCGAAAAUGUUCACGUUUGACUGGACGAACUGAAUUGAUUGGUGGUCGUUUGAUUAAAGAACAAUUUUUUGAUUUUUGGAAAAAAUCCAUAUUCGUUUUGCUAAACUAUCUUCAAGAACAUGAUGAAGCAGUACGCUGGGCAUUUUCCGGUCUUAUGUCUUCAUAUAGCCAUGAAUUAAUACAACCAAUUCUAUUGGUUACAUUUCGAACCUGUAUCGAUGCUAAAGUUCGUCAAUAUACCUUCUGGUUGGGAAAAUUAUUAAUAAAAGAAUUUCGUAAUAAUGGUAAAUUAUGGUAUGCAUUCAGUGCAAUGUUGAGCAGCAUUUAUCAAGAUUAUCGUCAUAAACGUUUCUGCAUUCGACUUUGGUCAGAAUCACCAGAAAAUGUUAAUAUUCUAAUAGUAAAUGGUCAUAUUGCAUUUGAAUCAGCACGUUAUCUUCAUGCAUUAGCCAUCUACUUAAUGAUCUAUCGAAUGCGAACAUCGUAUCGUUAUGAUUCAUUUCAUGUUGCCCUUGCUUAUCUGCAUCUCAUCUGUCAGAAACAUACUUUGGAUAAAUGUUCAUUGUUUGCUCAAAUGAUUGCCUUUCUUCAUGAUUAUAUGCUCAAGAUUGGUAAAUGUCAAGAAACCUACUAUAAUCUGGCCCGAACAUUUCAUCAACUUGGAUUCAUUCCUUACGCAAUUGAAUUGUAUCAAGCAGCUCUUCAAACACCACUUAAAGUACAUGAUAAACGUUUUGAUCUUUCACCGGAGAUAGCAUUCAACUUAUCACAGAUUUAUCGGAAUUCAGGUAAUCAUGAUCGUGCCAAUGAAUUAAUCUUAAAAUUUUGUGCUGUAUGAUUAUAAUUUCAUUUUUUUUCAUAAUAAUCAUCUUGUAAUAUCAAAUGUCAGUAGUGUUUAUCAAUAAAAAAGAUAUGUUUAUUUUUUUCAUUAA